UUGUAUACAACAUGGCGGAGAUACGAGUCUUUUCUCGUUUAUUUUCUUGUUUUUGUUGUGUACUUUGUUUUAUUUGCUUGACAAGAGCAUAUAAUGCCUUACUACCAGAAUUUCCAACUCAUGUUUUCCAGAGACAUAUCAAGGUGUCUCGACAUCAGCCAUUCUGUGUGGUCUUCAGGAACGCAAGCACUGGUUCGAAGCUAGAGAAAGUUGCCUAUAACCUCUGGUAUAUAAAACCUGCUGGGGAGAAUUUUACAACAUGGCAGUUUGGAGCCUUCAGUCCAGCCACAGCUCGGAUGCCACCAAACAAUGUAGAACCAAGAAAGUUACCAUCAAUGCGAUGUUACCUUGGAGAAUCAUCAAGUUAUCAGUAUGGUGGUAAAGUUAGAAAAACAGAUCUCAGAAACUGGCUUACCAAGUUGUCAUCAUUGUAUGCGGAACAAAGUGCAGAGGUGACAGAAGAACGUAUAAAGGAGGCCCAGAAAAUGUACCAAGUACUUUUGUUGGCGUUCCCAGAUGGUCCAAGACAUCAUGAAGUAGAAGAUAUGAUCUAUGGUAUGGCAAAUGAAAUGGAUUCCUGUAAAGCAAUGGCAGUACAUCUGAACUCGGCCCAGGUUGGGUUACUGAGACAGAGGUUUGUUGUAAACAAGUAUCCAUCAGUGGUUGUGAUACACAAUAAAGUUAUCAAUGGGACUGUGCAAGAAGAUUUCCAGGUAUUUUCUGGUCAUGAUGUGAAACCACAUGUGAUGAAAGUGUACUUGACAGCAUAUAGUGUCACUGCUCCCUUGCUAACUCUGGAUACUUUUGAAUAUUUGCUCCAUGGUAACAAGAGUGAUACAGAUUGGGAAUUCCAACCAUUGUUGGUAUGCUUCUAUUCUCACUGGGCAAGUGAUGUGUUUGGUUACCUGUACGCCUACAACGUGACUGUUCAGCAGUACCAGCAGGACCUUGUCAAGCUGAAGUACGGACUUGUUGACCUAACAAAAGAUACUUCAAAAAUAUUAAUAAGGAGACACAUAAGAUCUGGAGCCAUGAAGCAGAUACCAUUUUUAGCUUUAUUUUACAAAGAUUCAGGUGGGUCCUUGAAAUCAACAUAUUUACAUAUUGGACGACCCUACCCCUGGGUGAUGUAUGAACCAAUCAAAAAUCUAGGUGAAGGUCUGGUGGAGCUUUUUGGUAUUGAGGAGUACUCGGAUCCAUGGGGAACUUUACCAUAUGAUCAGUAUUCAAGCAUACAGGAAGGACCACAUGGGAGGUUAUGUACAGCUUGGGCUCACAAUAUGACAGAUAACACACCAGUAAUUAGAAAACCUGUUGUCAAAAAGAAAAGAAUUAUAAAGAAACCUGUAAUAAUAGUCAAACAAGCAGAUCCAGUGAAGAAAUCUGUGCAUGAUGUAUUUGAUACGGACACACUGGAGAGGAAGUUGUCUGUCUAUGAGAAUAUUCCACUGUUAACACGUGAUACAUGGACAGAUAUAGUGGAGAAAUCACAUGCUCCUAGACAUAUCUUCUACAAAUCUGGCAAGUGGGCGGGGGAAGUCACUAAAGUGUCUCUGGUUGUAUUUAUAAUGGCCGACUGUGGGAACUGUAGGAGAAACAAUCAGACAUUCAGAGAUAUUCAGCAGGCUGUUACACAUAUAGAUGGUGGAUCAAUGUACUAUGUGAACUGCACAGCAGAACCUCUUUUAUGUCGCAGCCAUAAUGUCAGGGGCUUUCCAACUGUAGUGGCAUAUAGAGGUCUGGGUUGGAUGGACACCACUAAAUGUUUGACAAAAAAUAGUCAGAAAAUGUUCAAGAAAUAUGUACGCAUGGAUUAUCAUGGUGUCAUAAGGGCAGAGCCAGUGUUGGAGUGGUUUUCUAGAGUAGCAGACAACUCUGUGAUAAACGUUCACAGUGAUCACUUACCCACAUCCUUCCUGGACAAAGAUGUAUGGUUGAUAGCCAGUGUGAGUCCUGCCACAGGAGAUGAGACUUUCUGGAGUUACCCCUGCCUGAGACUGUUGUGUGAACGACUCUACAGCGUGCUUGACUGCUUCUCUAUCAGUGUUGGUGCGUUGCCAGAAAAUGCGGAUGUUGUUGUGACAAAGUUGACGCUGGAAAGACGAGACAAUGUGAAGGCAGUUGUCAUGGAACAUGGAGUACCGUUACUGGACACCAUGGAAAACCCUGAAAAUGAGUUACUUCAUAGGUUCCAUAAACCUCACAGCUAUACUAUAAAUGCGAGUCAGACAUGUGAGGAAGAUGUUGCGACGUGUACUGAUGUUGUGACAGAGUUUAUACUGGACCAUAGCAGAAUGCCAGUAACACCGCUCACUUCAGAUAUGUUCCAUACAUCUACAAGUGUGCUGAAGGAGGAGGGAUUACCAAUCCUUAUUGCUAUGGCCAAUACAGAUAAUCUUACAGAAUCUGCAACUUUCCUUAAGGACCUGACUUCUGUGGCCUAUGAUCUAUAUAAUGAUAUUAUAGUGAUGACAUUGGAUGCAGAGAAAUACCCAAAAUGGGCCUCAAAGUUUGUACCUGCUCUGUACAGUCAUACCAGAAUGUUUGAAUCAGAUGAACUUGAUCCUCUGUCACUGUUUGUAUUUCCACGACUGGUCAUUGUGAACAAGAAUGACCAUAAACACGCAGCCCUGUACCCACCAACAACAAGAAGGAGGAAGAAAAAUGAAAAGUUCUCAGUGGAGACAAUUCUGACGUUUGCACAAUCUUACCUUCAGGAACCAGAGAGCUGGAUUAUUGAAACAGAACAUUUUUAAAACUUAAAGUUUGCUUGAUUUUAUGCAUUAUAUAUUUAAUGUUACUUCUAUAAUAUAAAUGUUUUUCUGGUUAAAUAAAGCUGCUUGUUCACAGUUGGGUGAAAGCUUUCAAAAUCUUGAUUAACACUUGAGUUUGGUUUAAAAUGUGUAAGCAGCCUUGAAAAUGAGCAACAGAAUUGAAAGCAGAUAUCUGUAAAAAUAUUUGUUAAAAUGCUUGUCAAGUGAUUUUGUUGUUUGCCUCAUUCUGAGAUAUGUACGUUCCCUGGAUACUUAGCUGGCUUGCGGAAGACUGGUGGUUCUACACAGGUCUGCCCAUGCCAGAAAUAGUGCUUUGAAGGGCACAUUGGGCCAUUUACCACCAUGUAAAGCUGGGAAAAGUCAUUAUAUUACCUAAAAUUGUGUCAGUAUGACAUUAAACCCCACCUACAAAAAAAAGUUAACAGAUUUUAGGAGGCUUUCACUUGUACUAGAAAUAUAUGAACAGGUUGCUUUAAAUAACAAAUUGAUAAUUUCCUAUUACAGUCUGUGUAAUUGUUAGAUUCAAAUUUUGAUCAAAACAAGCUCCAGUUGUUAGAUUCAAUUUUCAAAAAAAUAUUAUUUACCAGCUCCCAUUGAUGCUGAUUCCCAGUGUCACACAUUGAUUCUGUGAUAAUAUAAUGCAUUGCUAGAAGAUCUGUGAUUUUGCUUACUGUUAUUGUUGUGUCUGUCUGUGCCUUUGCACUGUCUUCUUGACAGUUUAAUUCAAACUAUAAUGUAUGACCGGCCAGGUGUAUCUUGCUAUGUUAGUGUUUCUUGUAGAAAAGACUUACAUAGAAUUUUUCAUUUUAAUUUUUGUGCUUAGCUUAAAUUCUAUUUGUAUAAAAAAUGCAAUGUGUGACUUUUUUUUUCUUUACAUCUGAAAAUUAGCAUAAUCUUGAAUGUAUCCAUUGAAGAAAGGAGAACGGUCAUUACUCCGGUUUGCUGUCCUAUUUCCCAUAGUAAGUAAAGUAACCAGAAAGGUCAUUACCUUUCACCAGGAGUAUCUGUCUCAGUGAGUUAUGCUACUUUCUCUGUAUUCAGUCAGCAUCUAUAGAACAUACUGGUUCCUUGCAAAAUUAUCACAACCAGAAACCAGGUUUUUAUGCAUCUGCACUGUUUGAUACUGUAUACAUUUUGAAAUUUUAUAAGGCUUUUAUAUUAAUCAUUAAUGAUCAAUCAGUGAAAACGUCCGGGAAAGCAAGAUAUGAUGUUAUACAAGUAUGAACUGAAUAUUGUUGUCAAAUCUUUUUCAUCAUUAUUGUUUAUCAUAUGUAUUUUUUACGCAAUUGUAAAACUUGUAAUUAUGAUGAAAGGCGAAUAGCAAUAGAAGAAUAUAAGAGAUUAUAGAUAAAAUGCUAUGCAUUUACAUAACGUUCAUACUUUACUGCUGGUCAGUGACAUCAUAUGCAUUUAAUACAAUAUUGAAUAUUUCUAUUUAUUUUCCAUACAUGUUGUACAUGCAGUUAACAUUAUAUUAUUAGUCCCCUAUUGGUUGAAAACCAGUUUCAGGGACUACAGGAAUGCCCUUUUCCGUCCGUCCGUCAUUCCGUCCUUCCAUCCGUCUGCAAUUUUGUGUCUGGUCCAUAACUCUGUCAUCCAUGAAGGGAUUUUAAUAUUACCUGGCACAAAUGUACCUCAUAAAAAAGACGAUGUGUCAUGCACAACUUUCAGACCCCUAGCUCAAAGGUCAAGGUCACACUUGGCAGUCAAAUGUUAACAUGGCAUGAACAGGGUCUGUUUCCUGUCCGGUCCAUAACUCUGUCAUCCAUGAAGGGAUUUUAAUAUUACUUGGCACAAAUGUUCCCCAUGAUGAGACAACCUUUAGACCUCUACCUCAAAGGUCAAGGUCACAAUUGGCAGUCAGAUGUUAACAUGGCAUGAACAGGGUCUGUUUCGUGUCCGGUCCAUAACUCUGCCAUCCAUGAAGAUAUUUUAAUAUUACUGGGCACAAAUGUUCCCCAUGAUGAGAUGAUAUGUCAUGCACAAAACCCUGACCCCUAGCUCAAAGGUCAAGGUCGCAAUUGGAGGUCAAAGGUCAAUAGGGUUUUUUUCCUGUCCGGUCCAGAACUCUGACAUCCAUCAAGUGAUUUUAAUAUUACUUGGCAUAAAUGUUCCCCAUGAUGAAAUGACAUGUCUUGCGCAACACCCAGAACCCUAGCUUAAAGGUCAAGGUCACACUUGGAGAUCAAAGGUUAAUGGGACAUUUUUCCUGUCCAGUGUAUAACUUUGUCAUGCAAAACAGUAUUUAAAUAUUACUUGGCACAAAUGUUCACCACUAUGAGAGGGAGUGUCAUGCACAAGAACCUUGUCCCUAGGUCGAAGGUCAAGGUCACACUCGGAUGCCAAAGGUCAGAUACAAGAAUUACUUUGUCUGGAAAACUUCUUCUUCAUGCAUGGAGGGAUUUUUAUGUAACUUGACAUAAAUGUUCACUAUCAUGAGACAGAUUGUUGUGUGCAAGAACCAGGUCCCUAGGUCUAAGGUCAAGGUCACGCUUAGAGGUCAAAUGCCAAAUUCAAGAAUGACUUUGUCCGGAGCAUUUCUUCUUUAUGCAUGGAGGGGUUUUGAUGUAACUUGGCACAAGUGUUCACCACCAUGAGGCACUCUUGCUUUUUAGAGUUAUUUCCCUUUGUUUUACUAUAAAUAGCUUAUAUUGUAACUUACUUAUUACAGGCCGUAGGGAAAACUCGAGACCAGUUUUCUGUAGUACAACAUGCAUGUUACAUCCAGUUUUUAGGUGUAUUUUGACCUAUCUCUACCUGGUAAAGAGUUUUGUGUGGACUUAUAUGGAUUUUUUUUUUUUUUUUUUUUUUUUUACUAUAAAUAACGUUACCUUUUUGAUAAUCGGCCAAAUAUGCUAUAUGAAAACAACUAUAGGGUUUUAUAUAUACAAAUUUUAAUCCAAGUCUUUUGUUUUUAGCAUACUGUAUAUAUAGUACAAUAUUGUUUAUACAUCAUUGACAGAUAUCAGUUCAUUAUGUUAUACUGCAGUAGAGAAAAUUAGGUGCCUUCCAGUAGGGGACUUUGUAUUGCAUGGCAAUACUUGAUUCACUUGUUAUCUGUAGUCAUGUUUAAUAAAAAGCCUGUUUAAUGAAAUUUUCUAUAUUUGAUAAAGUAACGCUAGAACAUUCCAUCCCCAAAGUUUAUUUUCUGUGGUCAGGCUUGUCGGAUACUUGAGGAAACCUUGCUGGUCACUUUACAUUAGCAGAUGUGUCCACAGUAUUCUUAAUUCUGAUGUUAACAUCCACAAUAGCCUUAUUUCCAAUAUAAAUUGUUUUCAUUGUUUGAGUGAUAGGGUGAACCGUUUUAUUUCUGACAAGGCAAUUUUUGCUGUGGUAUGUUACCUGGUCAGAAUAAUGCUUUUAUAAAAGCAUGUUUUUGUUUUGUUCACCAAAUGUUUAAGAAAAGUUCAUGUUUACAGUUCCCUGUAUGGAGACAAGCAAUGUUCAGAUUGCAAGAUUGUAUUAGUACAGUUAGUUUUUUGUGCCCUAGAAUUAGCAUUGACAUUGUAUAUUUAUCAUGAUUUUCUUCUUGUCUGUUGUAGUCAUUUUCAAUCAAAAUAUUUUGUUUUGUAGACAAGUCAGUUAAGCAAGUUCUAUAUGACAGUGGUAUUAAAAUAUAUCAAAUAUUGAUGCCUGGUAAGGCCAUGUAAUUUUGGUAUCAUUUGAAAGUGUAUUGUCUACUGAAAAAGAAAAUAUAAAUUACAAUGUCAUGACAAAAUAUGUUACAGAAUUUUUGAAAAAAAUUUUACUUUUUUUGUUUUCAAUGAUACUUCAACAGAAAUCCAGUUAUUACAGUGUAAUAAUUACUGUUUCGCAGUCAAAGAAUAUGACUAGUGGUUCGUGCAUAUUAUUUACUUAUUUACUAAUUCUUGUUCAGCAGACACACCUCUUUCAAAUGAUACCAAAACAAUAUGGGAUCACCAGGCAUUGAAAUGUUACCUAUUUGUGGAUCGGAUACCUUAAUGUUUCUAACAUUUCUAUAAUUGUUAAGUUUUAGUACAGUCCUUAAAAUCAAAUAUCAAAGCAUAACGAGCUAAGAGGAAGUCACCCAUGAAAUACUGAAUGAUUGGUAGGAUAAUGUGAUAUGCCUCAUGAAUAGCAUUUAUAGCCUGGGAACUUGUCUAAACACUCUAGGUUCUGUACACUGUAUAGAUCCAGUGAUCAACAUUGUUCUUUAUCAGCUUGCAUUUUGCAUGGACCAAUUUCAAGAAAGUUAAGUCAUAUCUAAGUAGAAUACACUAAAAAUUACUUCUGCUAUGAACUUCUCUCAAGUUUGUUUAUAUGGUUUUCCUUCACUGCACAUAGGGAUUGUCAUAGCUAAAAUAUAAAGUAACUAGUUACACAACUUCUUCUCAUGAAACUAGAAUUAAUAGUAUCAACAUGCAUCCUAAUUUACACUUGCUUAACACAUUUUUGCAUAACAAAUUCUUGAAUAAUUGCAUUUCAUGCAUUAAAAUGUCACAUUGAAACAAAUAAAAAUUUUACAGAUUUACCUUUUUGUACUUGUGGUGUACAGAAGCACUGUUUAUAACUUGCAGAUGGCAAAAGUUUCAAAAAAAAUAAAAGAUACACUCAUUGUUCUACCAUUUAUGAAUUAUAUUAUCUACAUGUAGUAUCUUUCUGGUAGAAUUAAAUAUAGUUGAUUUUAGCUCACCUGAGCAUGAAGUGCUAUGGGUUAGCUAUUAUGAUUGCUCACUAUCCACCAUCCGUCCAUCCUUCCUCCAUCUGUUAAUACUUUUCUUUAGAUUUUUGCAUCUCUGAAACUAAUGGUCAAAAUUGCAACAAACUUAGAACCAUCCUGGCAGGGACCUCUAUCAAGUUUGUUCAGCUAUUUCAGUUUGGCCCCUUUUAGGGGCUGCAAGAGCUGAAAAUAGAAAACCCUUUAAAUGGCUUCUUCUCAUGAACUGCCAGAUGAAUCUUCACCAUGCUUGGUCUGUACCAUCAUUGCAGAGUCUUCUCCCAAUUUUUUUUAAUUGGAGCACUUGGUUUCAUUUAGGGGCCACACUAAAGCUUAAAAUAGAAAUACCUUUACACAACUUCUUCUCAUGAACUGCCUGAUGGAUCUUCAUUAAAAUUGGUCUGUAGCAUCGUUGUAAGGUCUGCUCCCAAAUUUCUUCAAAUGGGGGUACCUGGCCUCUUUUAUGGGCUGCUAUAAGUAGAAAUACCUUGAAACUUUCUUUUCAUGAAUGGCUUGAUGGAUCCUUACAAAACUUGGUCUGUAGCAUCAUUAUAAGGUCCUCAUCCAAACUUGUUCAAAUUGGGACAAGACCCCCUUUUAGGGACUAAUAGAGCUUAAUAUAGAAAUACCUUCAAACGACAUCUUUUCGUGGACCAGUGCAGAUAACCGUUAUAAAGAGACCUUCCAAAACACGCUCAGCCUGUUCCAUUGGUUUGUGUGUUGUUUUCCACACAAUUUUGAGGAACUGAGAAGCAUAUAGUGUUUGAACUGUUUGUCAUCUGUCACACUAAUUUAUGUUAUCAACUUCUACUGCCUCUGGAACCUUGAGUAUAUUAUGGUUCUCUUCCAAAGUUGAACACUCUCUUGCCUGCUUUUAAAGCUUUGAAACUCAGGUGAGUGAUCUAGGCCAUUAUGGCUCUCUUGCUUUGAAUAUGAUUAUUUCCAAUGCUAAUGAAUAUUUCUUAAAUACUGUGAUAAUUGUCUCCAACAUUUCACCGUCCACGUUAUAUUUGUCUCUUCUUGACAAUCCAUAUAGAUGUUGUUUUUCUUUUUAUGAAAUAAACUUUAUUUAACUAUCCA